UUCAAACCGAUCGGUCGAAAAUUGUCAGGGAACGGAUUACAACUCGCCAGUCAAGGAAUAACCAUGCUGACCUGGACUCUAUGGAGUGGAUUGCUGUUCCUGCUGUGGUUCUACUUUCUGUGGAGUCGGCGCAGAUUCUAUCUGCUGACUCUCCAGAUCCCGGGCCCACUUGGAUAUCCUAUACUGGGCAUGGCGCACUGGCUGAUGCGCAGGGAAGAUAUACUUAACGCGUUCGGCUGCUUUCUGGACAAGCACGGCCCGACAAUAUUUUCGUGGCUGGGACCCAUUCCCUUCAUGAUUGUGAGUGACCCCCAGGUGGUGCAGGACAUCUUCACAUCGCCGCACUGCGUCAACAAGGGUAUCAUUUACAAGGCGGUGGACGAUGGCGCGGGCGUUGGACUGUUCAGCAUGAAGGAUCCCCGGUGGAGCGUGCAUCGAAGGCUGCUGAAUCCCGCCUUUGGCCACAAGGUUCUGCUCAGCUUCCUGCCCACUUUCAACCGGGAGACGGCAAUCCUUCUGGAUCAGCUCAAGCCAUUGGAGGACGAUGGAGAGAAGGAUCUCAUUCCAUUGCUGCAGAGGUUCACCCUGGGCAUAGCAACCCAAACUACAAUGGGCAGCGAUGUGAAGGACGAUGAGAACUUCAGGAGUAACUCCUUGCUGGACAGAUACCAAUGUAUUCUGGAAAUCAUGACAGAUAUGUGCUUUUCGCCGUGGCUCAACAGUCGAUUCAUCCGCCAGCUGGCGGGAAUAGAGUCCCACUACUACCAGGCUAAGACGGAAAUUCGCCAGUUCAUCAGGAAGAUCAUUGAAAAAAAGUUGGGCGAUGACGAAAGCAGCACAAUACCUGCCAUCCAAUCCAAGGACAAGAAUAUAUUUCUCAAUCUCGCCAUAGAUUUGCUGGGGCGUGGAGUCUUUACCCUGAAGAAUGUUGAGGACGAGUCGAAUAUAAUUGUUUUUGGCGCUUUUGAGACGACCGCUAAUGCCGUCUACUACACCCUGAUGUUGCUUGCCAUGUUCCCGGAAUAUCAGGAGACGGCCUUUGAGGAGAUAAAAUCCAUGUUCCCCAACACCGGAGACUUCGACGUGUCCUAUGCCGACACUCAGGAGAUGGUGUAUCUGGACCUGGUUCUCAACGAAUCCAUGAGAGUCAUACCCCCGGUUCCCGUUGUAUCCCGACAAACCUCGCAGGACCUGCAGCUGUCCAACGGAAUAGUGGUUCCUCAGGGGAUUCAGAUCGCUAUCGACAUCUUCCACAUGCACAGAAGCAAAAAGAUUUGGGGCCCAGAUGCGGAAACCUUCAAUCCAGAUCAUUUCCUACCCCACAAUAUCCGGGACAUACACCCUUACGCCUACAUACCCUUCACCAAGGGAAUCAGAAAUUGCAUAGGUUGGAGAUAUGCCUUGAUAUCGGCUAAAUUUACCCUAGCCAAGUUAUUAAGGAACUAUAGAUUUUCAACGAGUUUUCCGUUUCAAGAUCUUUAUUUUGUUGAAGAUAUAACUAUGAAGCUGAAAACUGUGCCACUGUUGGAGCUCCAAAGGCGAAAUUGAAUACUUAUAGAACUAAGGGGGUUUAAAAGAAAUUAGUAUGAUAAAAAUUGUUAAAUAAAUACACUCCUAGAGUGCACUAGCUUUUAGGUGAA